AUGGAUCUACAGAUCUCAGUUUUUCUUCUGUUUGUUCUUUUCACUGCAGGACACUCUUUCAGCUGUUAUGAGUGCUUGGGUCUGACGGGUUCUUGUUCAGCUCAAACGCUAAAAACAUGUCCCAGUAUAUCUACCAAGUGCAUGAGUUCAACAACAGUGGUACAAGCUGGUGACAUCAGCAGUAAAGUGAAGCUUAAAGACUGUGUUGCUGACUGCGCAAAUGGAUCCAUGAACCUCGGCAUUGCAAAGACAUCUUUAGUGUGCUGUAACACAGACCGGUGUAACCUCCAAGAUGCUCCAGAUCCUUCUAAUGUCCUCAAUGGAAAGACUUGUUACUCCUGUGAUGAGAAGAGCUGCUCAAACAUAUUGAGAUGUUCGGGAAGUGAAGACCGCUGCUUCAAAGCAACAGGGACUAUCGGUGGCCAGUCAACAGUUAUAAAAGGCUGUGUCUCUAAAUCUAUCUGUGAUGCUGAAACAUCAGUUAGAGAUGUUCAGGGAACCUCAUGCUGUGAGGGGAACCUGUGUAACGGUGCUCAGAGCGUCACUCAGAGUGCUAACGGUGCUCAGAGCGUCACUCAGAGCUUCCUGUUCCUCUGCUGUUCUCUGCUCUCCUUCAUCCUGCUGCACUGAAUCCAGCAGCUCUUCACAGUCUA